CUCUUCUCUCCCUGUCCCGCCUUCCCCGCCGCCCGCCCCACUGGCCAGUCCCCACGCCCACACGCCCGAGGCUGCCUCAUCUGGCACUGAUUAUCCGCGCUGCUGCUGCCGCUGCUGCUGCUUCACUCAGCCGCUGCCUCUGUCUUGAAGACCCCAGCACUUCUCUCCACCCCCGCCCCCGGCCAUGCUGCCUGCUGCCACAGCCUCCCUCUUGGGGGCCCUCCUCACUGCCUGGGCUCUGCUGCUGCCUUUCACCCAUGGCCAGACCCCCAACUACACCAGACCCGUGUUCCUGUGCGGAGGGGAUGUGACUGGGGAGUCGGGUUACGUGGCAAGUGAGGGUUUCCCCAACCUCUACCCUCCCAAUAAGGAGUGCAUCUGGACAAUAACGGUCCCUAAGAGCCAGACUGUGUCCCUCUCCUUCCGAGUCUUUGACCUGGAGCAGCACCCCAGCUGCCGGUACGAUUCUCUGGAGAUCUUUGCCGGGUCUGGAACCUCGGGCCAGCAGCUCGGACGCUUCUGCGGGACCUUCCGACCCGCGCCCGUAGUCGCCUCCGGCAACCAGGUGACCCUGAGGAUGAGAUCUGACGAGGGCACGGGAGGACGAGGCUUCCUGCUCUGGUACAGCGGGCGGGCCACCUCCGGCACUGGGCCCCCCCCAGGCGCGAGGCGGAAAUGGGUCACCGACCCGCGGGUGGAAUGGGCGGCCUGGGGUUACUGGGACGAGCACCAAUUUUGCGGGGGGCGGCUGGAGAAGGCCCAGGGAACCCUGACCACGCCCAACUGGCCCGAGUCCGAUUACCCCCCUGGCAUCAGCUGUUCCUGGCACAUCAUCGCGCCCCCGGACCAGGUGAUCGCACUGACCUUCGGCAAGUUUGACCUGGAGCCCGACUCCUACUGCCGCUACGACUCUGUCAGCGUGUUCAACGGACCCGUGAGCGACGACGCCAAGCGGCUGGGAAAGUUCUGCGGCGACACAGUCCCGGGUUCCAUCACCUCCGAAGGGAACGAGCUCCUCGUCCAGUUCGUCUCGGACCUCAGCGUCACGGCCGACGGCUUCUCGGCCUCCUACAGGACCCAGCCUCGGGGCGCCACCGAAGGAGUCCCAGGGGAGGUCGGCUCGGGCCCCAAGCCCGGAGCCGGGCCCAAAGUCAAGCCUGAAGUCCCACCUGAAGAGAAAUCUAAAGCCGCGCCUAAGGCAGAAGCAACUCCGGUGGGCCCGGAUGCACCCAGUGUCACCUGCCCAAAGCAGUGCCGGAGGACAGGUACCCUGCAGAGCCAUUUCUGUAACAGCGACCUGGUGGUGGCAGGACUGAUUAAGUCCAUGGUGCGGGGCCCAGGGGAGGGUCUCACAGCAACUGUCAAUGUCACUGGUGUUUACAAAACCGGAGGCCUGGACCUGCCCUCUCCACCCACGGACACCCUCCUCAAGUUUUAUGUGCCCUGCAAGCAGUGCCCCCCCAUGAAGAAAGGAAUCAGUUACCUGCUGAUGGGCCAGGUGGACAAGAACAGAGGUCCCAUCCUUCCUCCAGAGAGCUUCGUGGUUCUCCACCGGCCCACCCAGCACCAGAUCCUCACCAACCUCAGCAGGAAGUGCCCCUCCAAGCCUGUUUAGGCUGCUCGGGUCUCAGGCCUGAGCCCAAACCAACCUCCACACCCUGGCCCUAGGGGACCCUUUUCUUAUUCAAAUAAAUGUUUCUAGAUUGA